UCAAUCAGCAGGAGCAGAGUCGAGUCGAAGUGUAGAAAUUUACUGUUAGGGUAAUUGAAAAUGUAAAAAUCCUGUAUAUGGUAUAAUUUUCGCAUAAGGAAAGGUAGAAUUAGAAAAUCCUACAAAGAUUUGUAACGUAUUAUGGAAUUGGCGAACCUGAGCGUAAAUUCAAAACGAAAAACAAAGAUGUCACUAGAACAAACUGCUUGUGAAGACUUGAAAGCAUUUGAGAGACGACUCACAGAAGUUAUUGCUUGCCUACAUCCAGCAACAUUACGCUGGAGAAGUAAGUCUGCAUUAAUGCUCGUCAUAGUCUCCGUCUUCACAGGGAUUGGAGCGUUCACUUGGCUCUCCGACCCAGAUACUUCCGAGGUUUCCUUCAUGCAGAGUUUGUUGAAUCAUCCCUUCUUCACACUUUCAGCCCUCAUUCUAGUUGUGCUGUGCUUCAUGGGGAUACAUAAGAGGGUAAUUGCGCCGUCCAUCAUCACUUCUCGUACUCGCCUUGUACUCAGUGACUUCAACAUGUCCUGCGAUGACACCGGAAAACUGAUCCUGCGACCUCGUCCUGCCAUGACCUAACAUUCUUAUUGUUCUUAUUUGUUCUUAUUGUUCUUAUUGUUGUCCUUGUAUAUAUCCUGUAGCUAAUAAAUAAGUUUUGUACAUACGUUUGACUCUA